AUGACAAGCAAAGCAUUGAUUCAAGAAUGUAGUGGACAACAAUCUAAAAAUACAACUUCCAAAUCGAAAGCUAGUGUAAAUGCAAAGACAACAACAUCAUUAGCUACCACACGACUCAGAUGUUCCAGAAUAGAAAACUGUGUGGUCAUAUGGGCUGAUAGAAAUAUUGAUUUAAAUAAUUCGGAUUGUCAAAAUACAAUCGCAAACUUGCGCGGUAUAGUAAAUCAAGUCAAUCCGUAUACUACGCUUGGGGAAUGCAUUGAAUGGCUGAAUGAAAACAAAGAGGAAACAGUAUUCAUCAUCACAUCCGGUGCUUUAGGACAACAGUUAGUAUCAGAAAUUUAUAGCAUGCCGACAUUGGCUGCUGUGUACAUAUUUUGUGGCGAUAAGCAGAGGCAUAAAGCAUGGGCGAAGAAAUGGAUGAAAAUAAAAGGCAUUCAUACAGCGAUCAAACCGAUAUGCAAAGCAUUACAGUUGGAUGUCAUGCAAUGCAAUCAAGAUAAUAUAUCUGUAAGCAUUAUUGGUAUGAACGAAGACGUUUCUAUGCAAAAUCUCAAUCAAUUAGAUUCUAAAUUUAUUUAUUCACAAAUGCUCAAAGAAACUCUUCUCGAAAUGAAACAUGAUCAACAAGCUGUGAAAGAUUUGAUAAACUAUUGUAAAGAAGAAUACCAAAGUAAUAUUCAAGAAUUGAAGAUUAUUGAUGAAUUCGAACGCACUUAUCAUGUCUCAGAUGCCAUAUGGUGGUAUACACGUGAAUGCUUCAUUUCCAAGAUGCUUAAUCGAGCAUUAAGAACAUUUGAUGGUAAUCUUAUCGUUCGAAUCGGCUUUUUCGUUUGUGAUAUACACCAACAAAUCGAUAAUUUACACAAAAAACAGAUUCAUCAAUAUCAUGGAAAAAUCUUUCGAGUAUAUCGAGGACAAGGAUUGUCGACAGCCAACUUCAUUAAACUCAGCAGAAACAUAGGCGGACUAAUAUCCUUUAAUAAUUUUCUAUCAGUCAGUACCAAACGCAAUUUUGCUCUUGGUUUCGCCGAGGAUGCCUUAGUCAAACAUGAUAUGAUCGGCAUUUUAUUUCAAAUGUCUAUCGAUCCUACUGUGUCAUCGACUCCGUUUGCUUCCAUCCCAACGAGAAGUUAUUUUAAAAAAGAAUCUGAAAUUCUCUUCUCGAUGCCUACUAUUUUUCGCAUUGGUAACAUUCGAAAACUUGAUAAUACACGUCCACUUUAUCAAAUCGAACUUAAACUUACUGCAAAUGAUAAUAAACAACUUCGUGAGUUUAUAAAACAUAUACGAGAUGACGUUUCAGAUGCGACAAACUGGCAUCUAUUGGGGCUACUACUGAUGAAAAUGGGUCAGUUCGACAAAGUUGAAGAACUUUAUAUGGCACUAAUCGAACAAAAGUUCAACGAUUGCGAACGAGCCGUUUUCUAUGAACAGCUUGGUUCGAUGAAAUGGCAUCAAGGACAUCAUAAAGAAGCAAUGGUAUUUAACGAAGAAUCCAUAAAAAUCUAUCAGAAUACGAUUCCGAAAGAUGACCCUUCAUUGGUUGCUGCCUACUACAACAUCGGUGGAAUGUAUAAUAAUAUGGGCGAUUACGCUAAAGCAUUAGAAUUCUACCAUAAAGCACAUAGAAUCCUCGAAAAAACACUCGAUCCUUAUCAUCAUCAUCUGGCUAAGUCAUACAAUAAUAUUGGCGCAAUGUAUAACAGCAUGGGUGACUAUUUGAAAGCACUUGAAUUUUACGAUAAAGCACAUAAAAUCCUCGAACAUACUUUGCAUUCGUAUCAUCCCGAUUUGGCUACUUCCUAUAAUAACAUUGGUCUACUGUAUGACAGCAUGAGUGAAUACUCGAAAGCACUUCAAUAUCACAAAAAAGCACUUAGAAUACGAGAAAAGGCUUUGCCUCCAAAUCAUCCUGAUUUGCCUGGUUCUUACAAUAACAUCGGUCUACUGUAUAACAACAUUGGUGACUAUUCGAAAGCACUUGGAUUCUACGAAAAAGCAUUGACUAUUUACGAAAGCACCCUGCCUCUCGAUCAUCCUCUAUUGUCAAUUUCCUAUAAUAAUAUUGGCCUGGCAUCUUUUGAACAGGGUCACUACUCGACAGCACUUUCAUAUUUAGAAAAGGCACUUGCUAUACGACAAAAAUCGUUUCCUGAAUCACAUCCUCUCAUUCAACAAACCAUAGAUAAUGUUGAUCAUGUAAAAAAGAGAAUGUAA